AUGAUAACGCAGCAGAACCUUUAUAACAAUACAGCAAAAAGCGUUGCCUAUGAAGAUCUACCAGAACUGGUAGUAGCACCAGACGGUCAGUGUCUGCUGGAUCCGUAUGUCAAAUUACAGCUUCUACCAGAGAAGCAACACCGAGUCAAAACGCGCCUCGUGCGAGCAUCCAGAAAUCCGCAUUACGAUGAAGUGUUUUCGAUGUAUGGAAUCGAUGCACAGCAGCUCGCAACGACCAGUCUACACUUUGCUAACAUGACCCUGGAAAAGGUCUUUCAGGUGAUUGCGUUUGAUCGAUACAGCCGUGACACACUACUAGCGGAAGCGGUGUACCCUUUAAAGGAUGCGGAUAUGCUGAACAAUGAAAGUAUAACGGUGGAGCUGGAACUGGGAGGUCGCGGAGAGCAGGUCAGCAGUACCGAUCGGGGACAAGUUCUGCUGUCAUUGUGCUAUCAGCCGACUACUCACAGGGUCACUAUGGUACUUCUCAAAGCAAGGGAACUGCCGAAACUGGAUAUAACUGGAAUGGCUGAUCCCUACGUCAAAAUUUACAUGCUGUAUAAAGGGCAGGCAAUUUCAAAGAAGAAAAGCCAUGUGAAGAAGCGCACAAUUUCGCCAGUCUACAAUGAAUCGUUCGUUUUUGAGUUGCCGAGUGCAAACGAACAGGACCUGGACAAUAUACAGUUCAAAAUAGCUGUACUGGAUUGGGACCGGCUUACCAAAAAUGAGGUGAUGGGAGAAUGCUUAAUUGGGCCAGAAGAUGAGCACUGGUUACAGGUGCGGAAUAACCCGCGGCGACAGAUCGCUGAAUGGCAUCCACUAUCUCUCUGA